AUGCCUCCACGAGAGCCUCCCUUUAAAUCAAAGUACUCACAUAGACUCCCAGCCACCUAUCUCGACAAUCUCAGGAACAAUCGUCCCGCUAGACCAACCGGGUCCAGGCCUGCUCCAUUUCCAUCCAGGAAUUAUGGCUCCUUGACAUCCCAGUCUUCGCUGGCGCGGUCCGACUCAGCCCCGACGAUCGGCUCAAGGCAAAGCGACAUACUGGACGAUGCUGAACAUGUCCCUCCAACCGUGCAAAAGUCCAUGUCUUUCUCUUCCACAUCCAAGGGCCGACCUCUGGCACAACCUCCGGACAACGAGCGACCGGUCUUGAACGGAAGGAAGGUUUCGCCGGCAGCCACUGUCCAUGUCCCGCAGAUUGCACAGGAAGGAGUCUAUGUCGAGUCAGUUACGCGGAGACUGGAAAAAGAGGAGGCACACAGCAUACGGGAAGCGUUGGAGCUUAUCGAUCAAAAGGAUGAGGAACGAAGGAUUUACGACGCUGCCAAAGACGAGGCUGCCGAACUGGUCUGGAAGCAUCAAUACCCCAAAGCCGCAGAAGAGGAAAAGGUGGCUCCGUAUCGAAACCCGGAUUUGAAGUCCAGAGAGAAACGACAGAGCAGUGGACACCGUCAGAUCAGUGGUUCCAGGAAGGUCUCUUUUCCAACCCCGAACAGCAAGAUAUAUGAGGAACCAGAACCCGACGAGGAUACGUCAAGACUACCCAUCCCGCCUCCUACCGUAGAUCUUCCUUUGAGGGCUAGAUCACGCAACAAACUCCCCUGGCUGAGAACGAAGACCCCUGAAAAGCCAGAGGAUAGCGCACAGGUCUCCGAUGGCAAGAGGUUCGACCGCUUCGAGAUCCAUAGGAAUCCACCGACUCAGUCACGCAAAGCAGAGUACACAGAAAACACACCUCCACGGGCGCCUGCCGUUGAUGUGAUCGAAGAAGUCGACACACCCGCUUCCACCGGCACUUUAGAGAUUCGGAGCGAGGAGAUUCGAGCAGCAACAAGUAUGAAGAGGAAAGAUCGGAGUCCUAAUCUUCCCACCCCAACAGCUGUCAGUGAUCAAGUCGGCCGGCCCAUUGUCAGUUUCGAUCCGGCAUGGAGAAGUCCGAGUGAUCCACCAAGAACAAGCGAAGAUAUUGAGAAACCGGUCGCGAAGCUGACGGAAUCACCUGCAGUGCGACCAUUGCCCAACCCGGCAUCCACUGUACCAGCAGUCUCGGUGUCUGCUCCUGUCGUGCCUAUCAUCAAUCUCCCAGACGACGGCCCAGAGAUCCCAGUCAUCAAUAUCCAGGAAGACGAUGCCUCUUGUUCUGUGCCCACAAUCCACCUCCCAGAUGAAUCCCAUCCUGCACCGACAACACCCAGACCAUUUCCAAAGCACUCAACGUCCGCACCGAAGAAUUCCUGCAGUUCUGUCGUGAAGACUCCCUCACAGCGCCUUCCUUGGCUUGCCUCUCGACAAUCUAUGCCCACUGUCUCCUGUUCGAGCUGUGCCCUCCCCAUCUCCGGCCGCAUUGUGACCGCCUCCGGCUCCAAUUCCCGCGAUCUCAAAGCCCGCUUCCACCCCGAAUGCUUCACUUGUCACCACUGCUCCACUCCGCUGGAGUGUGUCUCUUUCUACCCAGAACCCGACUCGUCUCGCCUCUCUCGCUUAGGUAUUUCCUCGACUUCUGACCUUGAUCCCACAAGCCCUUCGGUUCUCACGCCAGACCAACUUGCCCUUCUCGAGAACGAGCCCCUGAGAUUCUACUGCCACCUAGAUUUCCACGAGUUCUUCUCUCCCCGGUGCCGAAGCUGCAAAACCCCCAUUGAGGGAGAAAUCGUUAUCGCGUGCGGUCACAGCUAUCACGUCGAUCACUUUUUCUGUGCGGAAUGCGGAGAUCCGUUUUCUUCCACUACGCCCUUCGUGGAAGGAAAUGAUGGAUACGCGUAUUGCGUGCGGUGCCACACGAAACGCACUUCCGCCCGCUGUCGUGGCUGUAGACUACCCAUCCUGGACGAGAUCACGGUAGAGGCGUUGGGCGGGAAAUGGCACGGAACCUGUUUCGUGUGCUGCGAGUGCCGCGGUGGAUUUGGCGACGAGGGAAGAUUCUUCGUCAGAGAGGUGCAUGUGGAACCGACAGACAAGGAGAAGAGAAAGGGUAUUAUGAGAAAGGUGGAAGAACGCGCGGUUUGUGGAGGAUGCGAAGAGAGGAGGCUGAAGGCUUGA